AUCAUAUUCGUUGCAUUAAUGCAAUAUCCACGAAACUCAAGCGUGUUCAUACUGUGUAUUUUCUCUUGGAGCCGACAUGUCAAUUGCCUGAUUUCUCACGUAGCCUAGAGACCGAGUGCGGGUCAGUUCGCCCCACUACCGUUUCACCUCUUCAACUUCAAUUAAAUACUCCACAAAAUCCUCAGUUGGACAUAACGUGAAGAUAGAUUUACCAGUGAGUCAUGAGUCGAUUUGAUCAACUUUAUAGACGUCUGUUGCUUUCAAAAUUCUUCACCAAAGGAUGGGGAAAACCAGAAAAUUUAAAAAGGAUAUUUGAGUUUCGUAAAGUCAUUUCUAAUCGUGAAACAUGUAAGCACUUGGUAGAGAAAGAUUAUCCAGUUCAUAUUGAAAAAGAUGUAACUUACAGUGAUUGUCGUAUUAUGGAAGGAUAUUUGAUAUCUCCAUUUUGUCGUUAUUUACCUGGUAUCGCACCUGUAGAAGUAGAAAAGGCCAGUUUUCAGGUUAUCUUACCACGAGAAUGGAAACAUCCAAGAUUAAAACCUGUUUGUUUACAUCUAGCUGGCACAGGUGAUCAUUUUUAUUGGAGAAGAAGAGCCUUGAUGGCUCGACCACUGUUAAAAGAAGCUGGAAUAGCUUCCAUAAUACUGGAAAAUCCUUACUAUGGAAGCAGAAAACCUAAGAGUCAGACGCGAUCUAGUCUACAUAAUGUUAGUGAUUUGUUUGUGAUGGGCGGGGCAUUAGUUCUAGAAUCAUUGGCUUUAUUUAAUUGGUGUGAAAGACAGGGAUGGGGACCGUUUGGAUUAACAGGAGUUUCGAUGGGAGGUCAUAUGGCAUCGUUAGCAGCAACUAACUGGGAUAAACCAAUCAGUUUAGUGCCAUGUUUGUCAUGGAGUACAGCUUCUUGUGCUUUUACUCAGGGUGUAUUAAGUGGAGCUAUACCAUGGGAAGUAUUACAAACACAGUAUUUUGAAGAUAGUGUAUAUGAAGAGGAAAUCAGAAACUUGAUAUAUUCACCAGAGGCUCUGUACAAAGGAGCCUAUCCAUAUGGACAACAGUUUGUAAAAGAUUAUCCAGCCAGUAUGCAGAAUUUAGAUCAAGUCAUAGAACAUUAUCGUCAAAGGGGACAAGAAAUCAUACUGAAUGGUAACGCAAAUGCUAAUGGUAGUCAUAGUUACGAAUCAACUCAAGGUCAAAGUUCUUUGCCAACCAAGAUAGCCAUGGAUGCUGAAAAAAUAUCAAAUGUGACUAAAAGUGAACAAACCAAUUUGAAAUUAUCCGAUCCACAGACAUUACAAUAUGCAACAUCAAAAUCACGAUUAUCAGUGCCAAACUGGGCAGCAAACGGCCUUAAAUUGUCACGAAAAAAAAUAUCCAAGAAAUCAUUGACUCUGGAGUCUGUUGAGUUUAUGCGAGGCGUAAUGGAUGAAUGUACCCAUCUGGGUAACUUCUCGAUUCCUGUGGAUCCUAGUUUAAUUAUUAUUGUAGCAGCAAAACAAGAUGCCUAUAUUCCACGUAAUGGUGUACUUAGUUUAGAUAAACUGUGGCCGGGUGCAGAAAUAAGAUAUAUAGAUUCAGGACAUGUGGCAGCUUUCUUGUUAAAUAUGGAUGUGUUUAGAAAAGCGAUCAUCGAUUCAUUUGACCGUCAAAUAAAGAAAUACUACAGUUGACAGGAGUGGAAGACAGUGUGUGUUAAGAGAUUAAUGGUUGUUUUUAUAUAUUACAUACAUAAAGCCAAUAGUAUUAAUUUUAAACUUAUUUAACAAGCCAGCAUCUUUAGCUGCUACACCACCAACUAUUUAAGAUUAUAGAUUAAAAUUGAUUUGACAAAUCACUUAUUUUAAUUACAUGUAUAAAUGCUUGAAUAUCAAGUGAAAUUAUUAAAAUGAUGUAUUGAUAGUGACUUUAAACUUUUACUAUUUGACUUUGUGAAGAUACAUCGUAAGGCUUCACGAUUAUGUUUUAGCCAGGUCCCUAUAGCUGUUUAUAGUAACAGCAUUAUGGACUGCUCAGACGACUAAGCUGCUCUGGACAUAUGUUCUGUUGCUUAGCAACCGAUGGCUAUUAUCAAUCUGAUUAAAAUUAAAAUACAGAUCUAUAUUUCGUUUCGUUUAUUUAUACUUUUGAUCGCCUACACUACAUGAAGAUCUCACAAGUUGUACUGGAAGGUCGUCGUGGCAGGGGUCGUGCGAGUGGCUUUUGACCCUAUGACAUCAGACAUUGAUUACUAAAUUAGCAUUGACAUUUCUAGUGGUUUACCCACAGUUCCAUGCAUGGCACACCAAGAAGUCGCUGUAACAGACCGUUUCAUUGGCUAAUCCCUCACUUAACCAAAACGCGGUUAAUAUAACAACUCUUCCAGAUCCUAGUGUAGUAAAGCCAAGUAAAACGAAAUUUUGAACUAUAAAAAACGAAACGAAAUAGGAUCUGUGUUUUAAUCAGAUUGGGUUAUUAUCUACAUCAGAAAUAAUAUUUAAUGCUAAAUAAUAUAUUUGAUUUGUUAUUUGUUGUUUAAUGUCUGUGUAAUUUGUGCCUUGUCCACAGGUUUGUCUUAUCCUGUAGCGUGGUCCUCAUGUACUUACUAAUGGAGACCUUAAAGCAGCUAUUGACUGGAUUUUUGUUUUGCUGUAUACAUGAAUACAAUAUAAUUAUAUAACAUACUGGUUAUUUUUAAAAUGUGGCAUUAAUUGAUGAAUUCAAAUGGAAAUAAUAUAAUUUAUAUAUUUCCCACAGGAUAAUUUUAUAAAAGUAUUUAAUUUGUUAUGUUUGUUGAUUUG